UGCUAAUCAACACGGAAGACAAGCUCAUUCAGUUCUCGUCAGCACGGCCCACUCAGCAGACAUUCUUCCUCGUCCGUCCGUGGAAUCGUCAUGAUCUCGGGCUACUUGACUUUGCAGAUGAAACGCAGAGCAUGGAUGAAACCGGGUCUGCAUCAGAUGGAUCUCUCGGCAGUUCUCCAAGAGGCAAGAAGCCAGCUAAUUCAAAGUCUCACUCGCGAGCGUCAAAGUUAAUCGCUCGCCUUCGACAGCCUUUUGGCUCACUUCUGCCCAUGCAGCAGCAUGGUGGGAAGUACAAGAAUUCAGCGUCUCACUCGCGAGCGUUAAGGUUGAUCGUUCGCCUUGGGCAGCCUUUUGGCGCACUUUUGCUAGCACAGCAGCAUGGUGGGGAGUAUAAGAGAAUCGCGUCGGAUCACAAUAUCAUUGCGCAAGUCAAGGACAAGACUGCUGUUCGUGACAUGAUGGAUGCCAGGACACUAGAGAUAUUGUAGUUGCAUGGAGUUUGAAACACGGAGAUCUCGGACGCAUUUUCAUUCAUACCGUAGGCGCUCGUCGUAUUUGUAUUGCACACUGACCUACUUACAAUUACCACUGCGAUUGUAUUAUCGAAUCAUUGCUGACCACACCAGCUGAGGAUGUGUUUUUUGUCCAUCCUGCUACGUCGAGUCACUCAAUGAAUGUCC